AUGGCCGCCGUCUCUUACCGCGACCCGCUCGCCUCGCUCCCCGCCGACCUCGCACCGCUUUCUGAGGACAAGAACCCGGACGGCAAGUCGCUGAAGAACCCGGCGAGGACGGACGGGAAGGACAAGUCAGAGUGGUACGAGGGCUACCCGGAAGAGCUGGACACAAGCAACAAUGCGUUCGACUUCCACAUCUACUACGCCUCGCAAGCACAGACGGAUCACGCCCGCCGCCUCCACGAGCGGAUCAGGCGCGAGUUUCCGGAACUUCGCGUGUACAAGUUCUGGGAGAAGCCCGUUGGACCGCACCCCGUACCGAUGUUCGAGGUCAAUACCUUCACUCCUGCUCAGUUCGGCGCGUUUUUCGGCUUCCUCGUGGCGUAUCGCGGAGACUUGUCAGUCUUGAUCCACCCAAAUACGCAUGACUCGGAGCUGCUCGACCACACUACCAAAGCGACGUGGAUGGGCCCGCCUUACCCGCUCGUCACCUCUUUCCUGCGCGAGCACGAGGGGAGGUUCUCGAGUGCGCCGAGGCAGGCGACGGGCGGUGUGGCGGCGUAG